AAUAUAUGCAAUUUCAAACUGCGACUUUUCUGAAUUAUUUCUCUAAUCAAGUCCAUGGAAUCAUCUCCAAGGUAACAAAACAAUAUAGAUGUAACUCAUAUUCUUACGUCAAUAUCUAACGUGCAAAGUUGUAAAGUAUUUCGUUCUAAAGUUAUUAUUAAUUUAUUUGUGUUCACUUAGUGUAAUACAGCUCUUACAAAAUGCAACGUAAUCCUUCACUUCCUUUUUUACCAGGAUUUAAUUUUGAUACAAAUGUAAGUCAUUUUGUUUUCCCACAAUUCACUGACAUUUCACGAUAUAUUAACCAAUAAAUAUUUUCAAGUCACACAUGAAGAGCUAAUGUUUAUGCCGUCUUAUAAUCUUGGGCGAACAAAGUUCCAUAGAAAUCAGUAUUUCGCGAAGAUACACGAUGGAGUUUAUUAUUUGUCCGAAAAAUCAGAUGUAGGAGAUAAUGUUCGCUAUCCGUCUAUUUAUGCACGCGGAGAAGUUCUAGAAUUGCCGUCUUGGAUUACCUAUGAUGGCCAAAGAUUGAUGUUUAAAGCAUACUUUCAAGAAACUGUUCAGGAAAGAUGGAAGGCAGCUUACCAGAUUCGGGUAGUAAAUAUUAGCUUCUUCUUGGAAGAUGCAACAAUGAAAAUCUCUGAACCUCCUACUAGCAAUAGCGGCCUUGAACAAGGUGUUCUUGUAAAACGACAAAGAAUCCCAAUGCCUGAUCCAGCGAGAUUCAGAUUUUAUGAUAUCAUUGAUUUAAAUAUUGGCAAAGAACUGGAAAUAUUUGGGAGAGUUUACAAAGUUGUAGACUGUGAUCAAUUUACCAGGAGGUUUCUACAACGAAUGGGAAUACCAGUACCAGAUCCCAUCAAUAUACCAAAAGAUCCAUAUUCGGAAUUGCUAAAACGUGAAACGUUUCCGAAGAAACCUAAUCGAAGAAUUGACACCCGCGGCGAUUUUUUAAAAUAUGAUAGACAAGUACUUCGAUUUUACGGUUACUGGGAUGAUACGAUAAAUCUUUAUGGUCUCGUUCACGAUCUCGAGAUUUAUUAUUAUCUCGCUGAUGACACAAUGCAAAUUAAAGAGAAUGUGCCACCAAAUUCUGGACGAGAUUCAGGUUUCAUGUUUCUGCGACGAAUGAAGGUUCCCAAAUUUUACGUUGAACUCGCACCAAUUGGAGAACAAGAUCCUUUUACUGUUCUAAAUGUUAUGGGAGAAGAUGCACAGAAUGCUUUUUACACAGUAGAUCCUUUGUAUCCGAAGAAAAAAGGCAAGGAAUUUUAUAAAGAUAAUGAACUCAGCAUCGGUGCUGAAAUAAACGUUUUUGGAAGGAAGAUUGUUAUAACGGAUAUGGACGCUUUUACGAAGGAAUAUUACAGGAAAAAGUAUGGUUUGAACGAUUUUACGCCUUUGGAGAGACCUCCAACGAAUGGCGAAGUUGGUAUGGAAGUAAAAAAGUAUAUUCCACCGUACAAUGGCUAUGGAUCAUAUGAAGAUUCUCUCGGAAAUUGUUUCAGUGUAUUACCGAAACCGCCUAAAACAGAUAUGAUUAAAUUUUUAUACUACGACAAGCAAGGUUUCGAUAGCUACGUUUUGAGAUUCAGAGCGAAAUUAAUAUCGAACAUACCGGAAAAUGAAGAUCGAUUGUUCAUUAUCAGAGUUUUUUUAAUGGACGACGCUAUUUCUAUUUUUGAACUGGCGAGAAGAAAUUCAGGUUUUAAACGGUGUCUGUUUCAGAAGAAAAUGCGUGUAAUGUUACCGAAUCAAGAGAUAUUUGCAAGCGAAGAACCGAAAUAUUACAAACCAGAAGAUUUCUAUAUCGGCGCACGUGUAAACUUGAAUGGUUUUAUUUUCGAAAUGACCACCGCCGAUAUUUAUGCUCUUCGCUACAUGGAAUUGAAUUGCGAUAAGUUUCCAAAAGCUAAUGCUAAAUUAAUUAUGGAAAAAUUACGAGAAAUCUUAAGACCAGUUUAUAAAGAGUUUGUACAACAAUACGUACCUACGGAAAAGGGCGAAGGAGAUUAUCAAGUACUACCUUACGAAAAUUUGAGAAAAGCUAUACAUCAAUAUGCAGAUGGAAAAAUAACAGAACAUGAAAUAAUUACGAUUGCACGACACUUUACUUCUUACGAUAAAAAAGAAUUCUUUAAUCGAGAAUACAUAAGGAGAAUAAUACAUACAGAAAUUUUACGACAUUUGUGGAUCGAUUUUGAUCGUCUGGAAGAAGAUUUGCAUCAUUGGGAUAGAAAAAGGUCGGGAUUUUUACCUCGCAAUACGGUUUUUACUGCACUUCGUGGAGCUAGAGUCCCACUGGAUGUUGAACUUAUAAAUGCCGUGCUCGACUGUGUCCACAAAAAAGAGGAUGGAGAAGUUGAUUACAUUGACUUACUGACACUUAUGAACACAAAAAUCAAUCCUGCUCCUCCGGUAGUACCAACAAAUAUCAAGGCGGAAUUUUGGUGGGCGUCGGAAAAAGAACCGGAUGCCCUAGUUGCCAUAAAUUGUUGUGCCUUCCUGAAAGAAUUAAACAUCAAAGACGAAGAAAAAGAAGAAAUUAUGAAAUCUCCCGAUACGGAGAUAUCUGACACUGCGUUGACGCCUGUACCAGGAGGAGUAGCACCCUGAAGAAAUCUCUUGGCUAUCCGGGACGCGGAUCUAACGUCGUCUCCG